ACAGGUGUUAUGAGAUCAAGUUACCUUACAAGAACAAGUAGAUUCUCAGUUGUUUCGUGACCUUUCACUAGCUAUCUUGAUUUAAAUGUUGUAAGGAGAACGGUUCGCGUCGCAAGGAAAAUCGCAGCGUUUGUGGUCCACAGCCAGCUUUGGAUGCGUGUACCAUGUUGAUUAAAAUUAUCGUGAUUUGUUCGGCUUUGGCGGCUUUUGCCGAACCACAACACAAGGUCCAUAAUAUUAUUUUGUACCCUGAAAAAUACUCCUGGUGCCAAACCACCCCCAUUCAACAGGUGGUGGCAUCGCCAGGAUACGAAUCCGUCACAAUUCACAACAAUGUGUGCGUGGGGGCCUGCUACAGCUAUAGCAUUCCUAGCACACAGCCGGCCGAACCCGGGGAACUACUGGGGCCAUACUGCGACAGCUGCCAACCGGUAGAAACAAAGUGCUACCAUGUCACCCUACACGCCGAUGGAAAAAACACCGAGGGCCCCAAAACCUUCCAAAAACGCGUCCAAAUCAUCCUCAAGUGUUCAUGCAUGUCGUGCGAAAAAUACCACCGUGAAGAUUGUGAAAUUACAGAUCAAACAACUUUGGAAUUACCCCAGGACCUCUUCACUAACAAAAGCCAAGAACCGAAACCCGAGGAACCCCCAGAAUUACUCGACCUUGUUUCAAAUAAGAAAAAACGUCCAAUACAUAAUUUCGAUAUUGCCAACACUACAACCGAGCAGCGCUACCAACUCAACGCCAAAUUGAUAAAUUUAUUGAAAAGUAUUCAAAACGAAGGCGAGGACAGUAAUAUAAGCUACGAUAAAGAGCAGUUGAGAGAGUUGUUGAAGUUGAUUGAAGGGUCUGAGGAUGAGCUGAGUGAUAAAAAUUUGAUGGAGUUUGUGAACUUCGUCAAUGUGCACAAUUCGGAGGAUUUGGAGCUGGAUUUGAGUCGGUUGAAGGACGUUUUGACCAAUUUCCAACUUUUGGAGAAACAUAGAGACUUUGGUUUUGGUCAGAGUCAGAAAAACAACGCCAAAAUCGAGCAAGAUUUGAAGAAAUAUAAUCUACCGAAAAGUUUCGGUUUGGAGGAGUCCCACAGACACAACCACCACCUGGGGGACGAGGUGCACGUGGGCCUGGACGUGGGGCACCUCGUCAAGGGCCCCCAUGGCAGUAUGGUCCUCUCCCCGAACCUCAAAGUCGAGGAGAAGCUAAACAUUGACUCGGAUCAUCUCAAACCGAACCACGACGGCGUUGUUAUCACGUAUGAGAAUCACAGAAAGGGCAACGAUAUUCUAACAAAUUAAUUUCGCAAAUUGGACGUUUCGAGAUUCUAGUCGUGUGAAAGAAAAAAGAUUUGCCGUCGCUCUAGUAUUAGAAAAUCUUAAAUACGUAACUUUACUGUCUCUUCAAACAUACAGCUUUAAGUAGUACAAAAAAAAGAAUUUUUUUGGACGGUCGGCCUCUGAAAAAAUCUAAAGUGUACAGUACAAUAAUUUUAGCGUCUACUAAUCCGGGCUAACAAAAUUAUUCGAUAGAAUCUGUGGUAUUUUAAGCUCUUUUGCGUAAGUUAUCGAAAUUGUAAAGGCUGUGUGCUUUUUUUAGUCAAAAUAUUUUUACUUUUCUUUACUUUUGUUAUCAUAGUUUUAUAUAUUUUUAUGUACUAAUCUGUUUUAACGAAAUAUAAUAUAUUCCAUUUCCAACUA